AUGGCUUUCGCAGGCUCAGUCAUUCUCAAGGCCAUGGGAGUAGAGGCCGUCGGGUUGGAUGCGCUUCUUGCAAGUGCUGGCAUAGCGGCGGGUUUUGCUUCCCAGAAGAUACUCCAGAAUCUCGCGGCCGGCGUCAUUCUGCUCCUCUUUCGCCCAUUCAAGGUUGGCGACAAGAUUUGCGUCAACAACGUCAUGGGCUGGGUCACCAAGAUUAUGCUCUUCGAGACCACCCUCCUCACUGACGACCGGAGGAAGAUAAGCAUGCCAAACCACGAGAUUUACUCUGGAUACAUUGACAACCUAACGGCUGGUGGCAUGCGACGAGUUCAGGUGGCGAUGCUCGUCGCUGGCUCGUCCGACAUUGCGGGCACUAGGAAGGCUCUUGAGGAGGCCAUCGCCAAGUUCGCGUACCUUGCAGAGCCCAAGAGCGACUCGCUGCCUGUGAGGUGCACAAAGAAGAAGCAAGCUUCCAUGAUGGGGGUGCUGGCGGUCGCCAUGUCGCUGGACCUGCUCAAGCAUACGAAGAAUGUGCUGAAACAGGAGCAGAAGAUCGCUCAGGCUACUUGUGGAGGGUUCAUGUCUGCAGGGCAUUCAGCGAUGCACAGGUUUGUUGAGGUGACGGAGGAGAUUGCAAGAACUCUGCAGCAUCGCAAGAUCAAGUUAGCGUCGCAAGCCAUGGAGCGAAACCGUUCUUGA